AUGGUUCGGUUGGACCGUGUUUUCGGCAUUCUCCUGGGUGUCAUUGCCGGCUGGUCGGCACUGCACUACCCUAAGGUGGCUGGAAGUAUUCGUCAUCGUCUUGGUGUCCCAGGCGGAGGCUAUCCGGACCCGAGUGACUUACGGAUUUAUGGCUCCGCAGCAGCGGCGCUCUACCUUAUCCUCCAGGGCUUCUGCACAUGGAUUCUAAAACCGCUGGCGGAUCGCCUGCUUCCGCGCGAGUCCGGUUUCACUGCUGUCGUUUUGAUGCGUGUGCUUUUCAUGGCUUUGAACCGGUGGAGCGAGCAGGUGCGACAACUUCUGUGCUCGCAUUUCGGGGCAAUGACUUGGAAAAUGUUGUACUUUUUGAUGACAACAGCCUUGUGCCUCCUUUUUUUUCGCAAUGAGCCGUGGUGGCCACAACAACUCGGCGGCGAGGGUGCGGAAGAAGAAUUGUGGAAGGGAUACCCGAUGCAACAGAACAGCAUGUAUUGCCAUCUGUACUUCUACGUUGCAUUCGGCCACCACUUAGCGACACUGAUUUACAUUUUGAAGUCACCAUGUCUUCCCGAUUUCUUUGACCAGCUGCUUCCUUGUGUUGCAGCUCUUUGUCUCAUCUACUUCUCCUACAUGAGCAACUUCUUGAGGGUUGGCGUGGUCAUCUUAUUUUGCCACGAUAUCUGUGACAUUUUCACAUUCGGGUGCAAGGCGUUUGUAGACACGCCGUAUCACAAAGUUACUGUUGGACUUUUUUUGUUGCUAACGAGCUGUUGGUUUUACUUCCGGCUGUACACCUUCCCAUCGGCCGCCCUUUUCCCCAUAUUUAAGGCAAUAAAGACCCGUCCGGACCAUUCUGAGACCGAGGGCAGUAGCUACUUUAUUUUCAUUCUCCUUACUCUGAGCCUCAUGAACAUAUAUUGGUUUGUGCUGAUGGUGAAGAUGUUUGUUCACUUCAUCCUCAGCGGUCAAAUGAGAGACCUGCAUUCAAGAGUUCCAGAUGUGGAUUCCGCAGGACAGCAAAUGGCUCAUCGUGAUGUCAAACAGUCGAAAGUGGAGUGA